CGAGAAAGCUGCGGCCAAGCGGAUCUGUAUAAAACGUCGCUGACGGAGACUCUCUCCUCAGUUCAUCUAACAUCCGAAUUCAGUUCGACGAUACUACAAUGAAUAAUUUGGGUGUCGUCCUAUUAUUAUUGACGUCGUACGGUGUAUGUGAUGUAUUAGCUGGUAGGCGUUACAUUGCUAUACCCAUUGAUGGCAUAGACGUGUUAGAAUUGAAUCCGAUAUCACUAUCGGCUUCAAGAAUUGCUCGUCAAGCAGAUCCGGCGGCUUACGUACCUAUAGCCGUACCAAAUCUUCAUCACGAGGAGUUGGAGAAUUCACGAGCUGAGAGAUCCAUCGGUCAAAUUCUGGAUUAUGUGGAUUAUGGUGGACAUACCGGAUCUAACGGUGCAUUUGGCUGGUAUGCCGAUUAUCCAGCACAUCAUUAAUAACCAUAUACCUUACGAAUACAAAUGGGUAUAAACAAUAGUAAUUCCAAAAAUUAUUUUACGUGCCUGAAAUAUUGUGCAAUAUUUCACAGUCUCCUAACGUGUAUAAACUUUUUCUACAAUUCAUGAUAACCACAAUCGAACGUUUGACCGACUUUGUCGGACGAUUUCUAUUUAAUUCUUCUUUAUAAUUUUCAUUUAACUUCGCAUAUUUUAAUUUGAAAAAUGUACAAUCUAUGAUAUAUGCGUAUGUAUGAACCAUGAGAUU